CACACGAUCCGAGUCUUUAGUGGACUCCCUGUGAGGCAGCUUCUGCUCUGAAAAAAAAUCUAGCUAGGAACAAUCAGCGCACUGCAUAUUCAUUAGGGUCAUUAUUUGCCCUAACCUCGGUCUCUACGUGGUUAUGUAUGAUUAAACAAACCGGAACGACAGUCGUGAGGUGGCAUAAAACCAUGUCCACCGUCCCUCAUUGAUACUCGUGUGGAAUGCAGUGGGGUUGCCAUCACUUCAUCAACUUAGUCCAAAGCCAGAAUUGUACGGAUGAUAUUCGAAGUGCUGGCACAUGGUCUAUAUAGAUUUGCCAGAUAUUCCACACGGUGAGAGAUUCUGUCGUUGGUUCAGGCCAUUCAUCAUGAACUAAAACGCGUGGUGUAGGACCUAUAGUGUGAGAUCGCAUCAUCGUACACUCUAGGUGCGAUUUGGCAAGGAGAAGUUAUCAGCACACCGUGCGACUUGGUGAGGGCAGCGGGGUCAGAGGCGGCGAAUUCGCGGCGGAUCUGCUCAAAUUACCAAGAUCCCUAACAUGGCAGACACGGAGAUAACUGCGCCAUCUGAUACAACUCCCGAGAUCGACAAUUCAACUGAGAACAAAAUGGAGGAGACGAACAAUAACUCGGAGGAAAUGCCCCAAGCAGCUAAGACUCCCGAUGGAGGUGAACUGGAUGAGUCGACCCCUACUACAGAGGGAGGUGAGCCCGUCGGAUCUCAGGAGGAUAAACAACAGAAUGAGAAACCAGUGGGGGAGGGCACAAUCGCUGGCCAAGAUGCUGGGGACUCUAAACCAGCAUCCGAGGAAAAUAUACCACAGCCAGGGGGCGAUGCUGGGGAGGAAGCGACAAAGGAUGAACCGGACGCCCAAGAGACCGAUGGCUCACCAGACGCUGCUCCUGCAGAACCUGUAGAGGAGAACGAACCGAAGCAGGAAGAAGAACCAGCUGCGACUUUGGCUAAGUCGGCAGAGGCCAAGGGAGAUGGAGUGGGAGAGGAGAACACAGAGAGCAAACAAGAAGAUGGGGGUGCUGAAGAAAGGCCCAAAGAGGAAAGUGAGGCUAAGGAGGAAUCUGCCCCAGAGAGGGCGGUGGUGGAGGAAGGAGAGGAUGAACAGAGUAGUGCACCUGCUGAGGCCGACGCAGCAGCUGAGGAAGAGAAACCUGUAGACGCUGAGGCACCUGCAGAGACAGGCGAGAACGUCGGUGAGAAAGCGCCAGAGGCUGACGCUGCCGAAGCAAAAGCACAAGAUCAGUCAGCAGACAAUGAACAGACAGUAGACAAUUUUUACUCAAACGAGGAUGCGAAACAAGAGGACAGAGUAAGCCCUGUCGGUGACACUCAAGAAGAGCACAAGCAGCACACAAGCGGUGAGCCAGAAGAGACAACACCAGCCGUCCAACAAGAAGUGACGCCUGAGGAAGAGGGAGAAACCAGGGCGGAAGAUCCCUCCCUCGAUACCGAGAGGAUCCCCACACCUGUAUCCAAAGAGCCAGAGCCCACCCAAGAAACAGCCCAAGAGGCGCAGGUUUCUUCCUCUCCGGAACCCGCUGAAGAGGGCCUCACUGGCUACGAGUUGAAGUACAGAGCCGCCCAGAAAGACAUCGAGGAGCUGAGAGCUAUGAAUGUAGAGAUUCAGCAAAGGCUUGCCAAGUCGGAGGAGGAGGCGAGGGAGAGGAAGCAGCGGGCCAAUGCAGAGAGCAAAGAUGGCAUGAAGGUCCAGGCUGACUACCUGGCACGGGAGCUGUCCCAGCAACAGGACACUGAGAAGUUCCUCCGCCAGAAGCUGGCCGAGGUCCUGGAGGAGAAGGAAGAGAGCGAACGCAAGUGCAAGGACCUACAGCUCCGGCUCAAACGCUUCGUCAAGGACGACCAGGCCAAGGAUGAGAGGAUGAUCAAGAUGGAGGGGGAGCUUCGCGAGAUCUCGCGGGAAGUUGAAGUGCUGGAGGACCACCUGGACCAGGAGACGCUGGCAAAGAUCAAGGCAGGACGAGACAGUCGGGCGACCAACGGCGAGGCAACAACCACCCGGACGCAAGACAAGAAAACAGAGACGCCCGCUCCAAAGUCAAAAACAUGCGUCAUACUUUGAUUGGCCAAUCCUCAGUCUUGCACACGAUUGGCGAUUAUGACUCUUUUCAUCGCACCGUACGUAAUUACAGCAGGGUGCUGAAUUAAUCGCCUUUUUGAAUUGACGUAAUCCACGUUGAUUCCCAACACAAGCCGGCAAUCGUUUUCAGCGUUUCUUGCUAAUGAGGUUUGCUCGAAAAGUGAGAUGACCGGUAGAGAUUGGAUGCGGUCGAGCUUCAUUUCCCUGGAGUAACGCUCACCAGGUUGAUAGUGUGUUUGAAAUUACAUGAUACAACUUUACCCAGCAUCAUUCUAGCAGACGUUUGUCAUCUUGACAAAAAAACAGUCCACUGUUUUCAUGUCUUGUCAGGAUGGCAUUGUGUCUUUUCCGUCGCAUACAAAGUGAACACUGUGUUGCUUGGUUUUAUUUUGAUCAACGUGCAGACCUACAUACAUCAUUCGGGGUCGAUUUUCUCAAAUUUCUUUCUGAAAACCUUUGAGAUAUGACUAUACAUAUAAUCAGUUUGUUUUCGUUCAUAACAAAUUACGUUACUUUAUUACCACUUCUCGUUAUCUCGGUUUAUGGUUUUGUGGCUUGUCGUUUCAAGUGGAAGUAUUUGCAGUGAGCUCUAAACAGCCGUUUUAUUAAGAUUUUACAGUGUAUGGUGCCGGUUACAGUGACAUAAAAUAGGCCUAAUUGCUUUGAGUCGUUAGAAUUUUUUAAUUAAUCAAGAAUUUGCCCCAUGAGAGGAAAGUGUUUUCAGUGUACGUUCAAUGCAUGCAUGACGGCAUGUUUAAGAUCAACUUUGCUUGAUAGGACUGAAUCCCAGACGUACGUCUCAACAUUCUUCAUACCUUGGACAGCUUCUUAUGGUAAAACUGAGAGCUGCAUUUAGUCUGGUUUAAACAUUACUUGGCGCGAAUACUUGGCGCGAAAGCAAACAUGGAGCGAGCAUGACAACGCAUGAUCAAAUAUUUGUGCCGCGAGUUGGCAACAGUUGAAGACAUCCAACUUCGUACGCUUCGCGUUUGCUGGAGCCUUGAAGUAUGAACCGGACAUUAGUUACUUGCACUCUGCCAAUCGACGAAAACUGCGUUCCGUGAUGUAUUACACAACGCAGGAAUUUUGCUGGGGACCACAGACAUGAUUUUUCAAAAUACAGGGUAUUUUAUCAGUUGUCUCUGCUGAUAUGGACGUGUAGAGUAUUUGUACUGCUGGCGUAUUCAGGUGUUCUGUUGGGGAUCGUGAUUUUUUUUAAUCGUCUACCAAAGUUUCUCAUCCGUAAAAUACCCCCCUCCAAAAAUAUCGUUCAAAAAUGCUAACGCAUUCAGUUCCUAAUAAAUGAAUAAAUAUAUACACGUACCCGUAAAAACUGGUAAUCUGUCUUGGCUUGGGCGACCUGCCCCCGCUGGAUACGCCGCUGCAUUGUGCAGCUGUCGAUCGACAAAUCCAAUCGCAGCGAUGAUCCCCUUCAUUGGCUAAAGACACUGCGAUAGGUGUUCCGUGGUAUCGAAUCUAUCUCAGUACACGUGUAUUCGCCGUCAUCGAAGGUUGACAAGGUUGCUGGCUUCGUCUAUAUGCUGCAACAUAGCAUCAGUGAACUUAAGACACAAGCCGGGACUUCUUGGGCUGACGUCAGCGGUGCUAGUCAGUGUGUUUGUUUAUGAUUUUGCGUACAGUUUCGAAAGGAUUAAUGUCAUUCAGAUUACAUGGUUGAUAUCAACCUCGUUAUUAAAAUUAUCUUUCCCUCUCAUGUAACUUUUCAAGUAUUGAUUGUUGUAAAUCUUGUGGUUCUGACAAGAAGGCAUCAUCGGCCGGAAAAUAAGUUGAUUUCAUCGCUACCUCCUCCAGAAUUGGUUUCAGAUGGAAUGUGUAUUUUCUAGACGUAAUUUGCAUGUAAUGGUUCAGAAUAAGCAUUUUUGAAUCUGUAAGACUCUGUUUGGAAUUAUCUAAACUUUUUUGAUUUUAUACAGCUUUCGUGGAUGGUUGACGUAAAUGGACAUUAACGCUGUGGCGAUAUAAUUAACUCACCAAUUUGUCUAAAUUUGUUUAAGUUUUUAUAAACUCAAUUGUUUGAAAUUAUUUCAUUUUAAUGACUUGGGUUACGGCGGGCGGAAUUUCAACAGAACAUAAGAAGCCUUUACACUGCAAAACUGUGAUGUUAAACUGGUCUUAAUCUAACACUCUGGGUGUUACCAGAGAACUACACCCAGGGUACUAAAAGACAUCACAGAAUUUGAAGUGUACAGUCAACCAGGCAACAGUGCCUGUCACGGGUGUUUUUGUGUGCUAUAAAAAAUUCACUGUGUGUCCUUGAAGCUAAAUUAUUUUCGGAGAACUUCUGUCGAUGUACAGAUAUCUUUAUCAAUGAUUCAUGACAUUUUGUUGUGUGGUUGUUGUGUGGUGUCUCGUAUGUCAAUUAAGGCAUGAUUAACUACUUUUGCUUUGGGAAUCUAAACUUACAAAGGGUGUGACAAAGAACAAAUUUUUGAGUUUUCCAAAGGAAAAUCCAUUGAUAAUAACUAUGCAUAGAUUUUAAUGUUAAAUAAACAGACAUUUUGUACAUACGUAAAUUUUCUUACUUAUGGAAAAAUAAUACACUGUACAUAAUUAUGUUCAACGUAAAAUCUUCGAAUUCCCUUCAAUGUUUCGAAACAAAACAGCGCAUAUCUCGGUUACAGAAAUCUUGUAAUUUUCUCCUUCGUGGUAAAACAUCAGUUAACAAAAUUAAUUAUGUAAUUUGUAAAUCAUGUAAUUUGUAAACGUCUUGUUUAAUAUCAGAGUUAAUUUUCUAACAGUGAUCAUGAGCCCCAAAUUAAAGGGGAUUGUGACAGUUAAUUCUCAAUGAUGAAGGCUUUCCUGCCGUUUUUUUUGACGGAAAAAUAAAGAUGACUUCAUAUACAAAGUGCAA